CCUCACAUACUUUAUUGCUUUUCGAAUUCGAUCAAUGGGAAUUUCAGAUUCCUUGAGGCCAUAUCUCACUAUCAAAUUCAAUAUGUGAGCUGCACACCUCAUGUGAAAAAGUUGACCACCAAAAGAAGAGACUUAGAAAGCACCGAACUGAGCAGAAAAAGCACCGUCAAUGGCGGACCCAAAGGCGCCAAAGGUAUCGAACCGGGCGGCAAGCAAAGAUCGGAGCCGUUUAAAAUACUCCUGUGAUGCCGGGAUGUUAUCCUGCGUGCACCCUCCCGAAGCGGUCAACCUCGACAACGAAGAUUCCAACGGUCCGCUGAGUUCCGACUAUGACAGCUGUGAUUCGACCGAUGACUCUACUCCGUUGGCCAAACUAUCGGCUGGAGUCCGAGUCUUCUCCGAUUGGCUCCUGACAACGAAGCUGUCAGAGACGGAGAUGAUCAAGGCGAUGGAGGCUUCGCGAUGGGAAGCGGAGAAGCUGCGAGCGGAAUCGGAGGUCGAGGCCACUCGGAUGCUGCUGCGGACGCAGUCCCAGAUCGCUUCAUUUGUUUCUGCUACAGAAAGUAGAAAGAGGAAGCGCGUUGAGGAAGACGAAUCGCGAGAUUCAUCUAAAAGGCGAGGAGCUUUACUCCUGAGCUUACUCCAGUGCGACUUAGAUCUUUUCAACAAACGAUGAAUCAAUUUGCAGUUCACUGUAAUAACUUAUAAAAAACUUUCGUUUUCUAGUUCUUGAUUCUGUAAUCUCGAGUAUCAACACUCUAUCUUGUUGUUCUAUGUUUGGAAUAAAAUCUAGCUUUGGUUUGUCCGUAUGUAUGGGGCUGUCUGGGUAUUUCCGAACAGAUGAAGAUCCUAGGUCAAUUGCGUCCAGUUUCGUGUGUGUCAGAGUCAAGGGCCUGGCCUGGGCGAGGAAAAGCAGAACAGAAUGGCACAGUCCACAUGUACUUUCUCUCUGUUCAAUGAUCUAUUGUUUUCAACUUCUGCUCAGAUUUUAUAUUUAUUCUGCAGAUUGCACAAUGUUGAAGAAAAAUAGAAACCAUGCUGUUGCUCUUCGUCUAACUUUCCACUGUGAGAGGUAAAUUCUUUUCAGUUUCAAUUUGAUGGAAUAUAGCUCUUUUCCUUUCGUUUCAGAAGUUAUUUUUGGGUAAUCUGACUUGUUUAGUUAUCAUGCAUUAUGUUAUCUUUGAUAUAAAUCAUUAGGGAAAGUAGGUGUGCCCUUAUAUUGGUUUGGAACACACAGGUAAAUUGUCAGAUGAAAUUCUUGUAUCCCUUCUGGAUCUGGCAAAGAGGCUAUAAGAACGAGUGCCUUAUCCUGUAUGGGUUGAGGAAAUUGUGGACCUUUUGGAGUUUAUUGGAUUUUGACUGUGGUUGGAAUUUGAUGGACCUGUUUGUAUAGGUGGAAUACGCAAAAAUCACU